CUCUUGCCUUUCCAGGCCUCCUCUCACUUCAAUCUGGACCCUGGUAGAUCUGAUGAUAAAACUGAUAGUCUGACGAAUGUUGUCGAAGAAGAGGAGGGUAAUCUUAAUGGAAGUGACAAAGAAAAUAAGCUUGGCUUGUCGUAUUCCAAACAGUCUAUUGGAGGGAAGAUAUUGGCUAAAACUGCUAAUGAUUCAAUAACCGCUUCCAAAGCGUCCCUUUCUAUUAAAAAGCGCCGCUUGCCAACAGAUCCAGAUCCUUGUCUCCUCUCGUUGGAUGGUCUUCUAGAUAUGUUCUUCGUUGUUGUGCAGCUAGUCGACCAGGUUCGCCAGGAUUGCUAUGAUGCCGCUGAAGAGGAAGAUGCUGGUGAUGGAGAGUCAGAGGAGUCCGCUACAAUGAUAAUGACUGAUUACUUUAGGAAACGUACUCAACCGCUUAUUCGACGCCUCGAGGAUUUACGUGUAUGUCUAAAAGACUUCAAGCUGGGUCCCAGCAUUGGUCGUGGAGCCUGUGGCCUAGUUCGAGUCGUCAGAGAAUCAGCACCGCCUUAUUCUGUCUACGCAAUGAAGUCCCAGUAUAAGGGCGUUUGGCUACAUCAUGACCCCGAGGGCUCUCAAAUUCUUCUUGAGCGCACUGUUUUGUCUCAAGCUGCCGCAGUUGAUAAUCCAUGGCUCCCGCAUCUUUAUUAUGCCUUUCAAGACAAGAAGCAACUUCAUUUAGUGAUGGAUUAUGAGCCUGGAGGUGAUAUGUACAUCUUUCUUAACAAAGUUCGCUGCAGAUUUAUACGCAUGUUCGUCAAGCUCGAUGAUGCGAUGCCAAAAGAAGUAAUUUUUGAAGGUGCGGGCUCAGAGACCACUGAGCUGGAUAAAUGCGCUUAG